UCUUUAUUUGGUAUAGGAGCUCUUCAGUCCUGGAGGUAAAAUCAGAGGAGUGCCUGUGCUGUUGGGAAAACGGCAGGAUAUUUUUUUCGAAUGGGGCGUGACAGUCUCCAUUACUAAGAAACCAUCUGCUGCUGACUAGAAACUCACAAAGCUGUCCAGUUAAACUUAAAAACAUGACUAGUCAGGUAAAUGCAAACCAGGAACUUUUCCUGGACAUCCUCACCAAAGAAGAAAAAGAAGCCUUACUCACCAAAAAAAUGGAAGAGAUAAGGAAGAAAAACGAGGCACUCCGAAAGAGGCACGAGGAAAUAGAGGCAGAUAAAAGAGCUGUUUCAGGGGGAGCCAAAAAAGUAGCCUCCCCAAGGAAAGAGUCAAAGCCUCUACCUGGAGAGGAAGUGCCCAAGGAGCCAGCAGAUGGUAGAAAAGAGCGACCCAGGCAGCCUAGACCUGCCGGGCGGGGGAAAUCCCCCAGUAAAGGAGUCCGAGACACUCCAAAGGCUCAGGAUAUUCGAGUCACACGUAACUUAUCUGGAGAAGACGGAAGCAUAGAACGUAAUAUUCAGAUGAGUAAUUACAACGAGGGCUCAACAAAAGUUUAUCGAAAGAAAAACUCCAAACAUUCUCAAUUUCAGAGGCCUGGGUCGCAAAGCUUCCCUGAUGAAGAGGCACAGGAAAAUGAAAGAUUGGGAAAACCCCGAUAUCGGCGGCCAUUUUCCAGUGAGGAAGGGAUCCAAGGGGAUCGCUAUCAGAGGCACUCAUCAAAUGAAGAGGAUCAGGGAAGGAACCAGCGCCGUGGAAAACGGCCAUCAAGGAACCCUCAAGUCGAGGAGGUUUCAGAUGGAGCCUAUGAAGCUCUGAAGCGUCAACACCAACAGCUUAACUACCAACCCAGAAAUCAAGAAUUUCGAGAGCAUGAUUUCAGGGAUAAUCGACAUGAUAGAGAUGGAAGAAAUAAAAGGCACCCAAGACCUCAUGUCAGAAAUGGUGAUGCCCGACGAAGUUUUGAGGAUAACAACCAAAACUUCAGCAAUGGAUUCCAGGAUAAAAGAUAUCCACAAGACCAUUCAGAGUUUGAACCCCAAGCAAAACGCAUGCAGAGUGGUAUGAAAGGAUUCCAGAGAAAGGAGAACCAGGGAUAUGACUUCUCCAAGAGCCCUCUUGGACCUCCACCAGAUCCAGCCUACAACUUUUUGUCUGACAGAUAUCGUCUUGGCGAGAGGCCACCAGAGAACCCCCGAGGAGAAACCUCCAGGAGACACCCCAAGAACUAUGGAGGAGAAGACUUUGGCAAUGUGAAAAACAGAAUGAGGAAGGAAAGAGAAAGACGGGACAGAGGAAGAGGUGGUCCUCCACGUAAUAAGAUGGAGAUGGCAAUAAACAUGACAGGAAGAGAGCGAAGAGAAUAUGUCGAGUGGAAGGCAGAGAGAGACAAAGUGGACCAGGCUCGCAUUGACAGGCAGAAAUCGGCAUCUGGAGAGUGGAAACGAGAGUGGGAUACCCAAAAGGACCAUACUGAAGAGGCCAGCCAACGUAUGGAGCCAGGAAAACGACCAGCUGGCCGUAUUGGCAGCGGUCGAUUUGAUCGAGGUGACAGGGAUGAAAGGCCACUAGCACCUGGACGAAAGGAUUCCAAGGAAUCUGGAGGGAAACCUCAACCAAAUGGAGUGGGACAAGAACAUAUAGUGGAGAAAGAUGCAGUCCAUCGUCCAGUUGGAAGGGGUAGGGGAAGAGGCAGAGCUCGCAACAGGGGGAGUGGCUCUGGGAAUGAUCCAGGGCGGGUGAGGACAUAUUCAGGAGAGGAUAGACAUGUUGAAUGUAAGAAAGACUUGCUGGUCAUUAAGGUGGAUAACACACCAGGGACAAAGUCAGAUCAGGUGGAAGUGGAGUAUUCUGAUGGAGAAAAUGAAGCACAUAGUGGAGAUCACACAGCAGCCCACCAUAAGAAAGCAGGGCCACAUGCUGAAGAACUGUGGUGGGAUGAAGAGGGGGAUGAUAUAGGGCUGGAGUUGCAGGGAAUCCCAGCUGAAGAUGAUAUUUUUGAACAGAAAGACUUGUUUAAUGAUUAUCAUGGGGAAGGAUAUGAUAAAAAUGGCCAUUUUGAGGAUGCUCCAGGACAAACAAGUCAAGGAGAUGAUGAUGAAUGGGAGGACUGUACUACAAGUGAAGAUUUUUCUACUGAUAGAAGUCAGAGCCAGACAUCAGUAUCAGAUGAUCUGACCUCUCCCCUCAAGGUUAAUCUUAAUCCUGAUGCACCUGUCUUUACUCCAGCUUCACCAACAUCACCCAGCCCACUGGCAGCGAAGGUCAGUAAAGAACAAAAGAUUGAAAAGGCAUCACCUAAAGAAAAAAAGACCAAAGAGUUGAAAGUUGGAGACGGAAAUAUCUCCAAAAAUAAAGAGGAAAAAGCCCCACUGGACAGCAAAAAGGAGAAAACUGAACAUUCCAAAAGUGACACAGAUCACUCUGACUCUGGAAAGGCAGACACAAAGCCUGAGGAGUCUUCAUUAGCUCCCUCUGAGGAGGAGCUCAAAGGUGAGGUAUUUGAGAAACCAACAAUGGCCGACUCUCAUACCACACAAGAAGAACCUGAUGUAAAGGCAGACACUAACCCUGAUGAUAAGGGUCAGUCUGAUGAAAAUCAGACUUUGAUUGAUCCUCCCACAGAUAUGCUGCCUAAAGAAGAAGCAGAUCAAGAUGACACCAAGAAGAAUUCUGAGACUGUAGAUGCUGAGAAACAAAAACCUGAGGUUGAGGAUGAAACAGAUUCUCAUGAUGAUAUAGCACAAGAAGCCAUUGAAGAGAAAGAUGACAGGGAGGACAAAGAAGCCACACCUACUCCCCAGAAAGAGGAGGAAAGUGCAAAAGCCUGAACCGCUAGCUGUCACUCACUAUUCAGAUUUGAUGACAGGACAGCAGUCAUUUUCGUCAACCAUCCUACAGGUGGUUAUUAAGCAACAUUGGGAGAAAUUAUAGUUUAUAAGAAAAAAUAUAACCUUCAUUAGCAAAUAGAAUUAGAAAAGUGUCAAUUUAAGGGUAUGUUUGUCAACAAUACUAGAAAUUGUAAAAUGUAAGUUUUUAUUCUCCGUUUCAUAGAAGUAAUAGGUACAUAUGUAUUAUUAAACUACAUUUUAGAUAUGUACGUAAUCUUUAUGGAGAAGGUUAAAACUUUUGUGUAAGUUUGUAUCACUGCUGAAAAUCACAAAGAGGUGUUAUAUAUAAUCAGUAUAGCAGAAAAAUAACAUGUACUUGUGCAUAUGUAGUUGACUGUUAAAAAAACUAAAUAUAAGCCCUUUUUUGCUAAUGUAUCUCAGCUCUGUUAUAAAACAAUGUCAUUCAUGUUUUAAAUCUGUACACUUAAUUGCAUAGUGUAUGGUUUGAAUUUAAGAAAAUGUUUAAGCUUACUUUCAUUUAUGCAAAAGAGAAAGAAGGCAUUGUCCAUUUAAAAGAAAAUGUCUUAGAGAAUAUUUAACAGGUUUCAGAUUUUGUUAUUAAUUUUUUUUUUGGUGCUUUACCUAGACUGCCAAUAAUAAUAAGAUUCCAUUAGGCCUUUACUUCUGGGUGUUAUUUUCUUCAGUUUUUAGUGUAGAGCUUUACUUGAUGUCUACAUACAUGUAUUAACUUUAUGGUAUGCUUAUAAAUGUGAAGGAGAGAACUGGCAUAUUUUCUUUUACAUGCCGAGAUUUUUUUUUCAUAUUUUUUUAAUAGAAUACAUGUAUAUUUGAAAUUAAAUGUUUGUCAGAAACAUUGAUCAAGGACGAUGGAAAAACAAUGAAUUGAUAUAUGAAAAUAGACCAGGGAAGUACCUAAUGAGAAAUGUAUUAAAUACAUGUACAUGUAAAUGAGAAUAGAUUUGAUGAAUUUCCUGAUUGGUGCCAAGAUGUAAAUGUUUGUGAAAAACAUGCUUUUUUAAUCUGAUCUUUUGAAGCUACUCAUUGUGUGUUUGAUGAGGUGUUUGAUAAAUGUCACAAGUGACGUGAACAAAGUAAAUAAGUAUUGGUGCUUUUAUUGCAUAUCAGUUUUAAAAGAUGAUCAGGAUUAACUUUCUUAAAGUCAAUAAAUUAUUCAACCUUGAUGAAAAUAUUUUUUAUUUUAAUUCACUGAAUUUUUAAUUUAAAAUAGUUAUCCCUGAUUAUUAUUUAUUGAAAAUAUUGUUAGUAAUAUAUUUUAUUUUAUCAUGUGAUAAUGAUUUCUGUGUAUUUAUUCCCUCCAUUCUGUUGUAUGUCAGAUAUAAAGAUUCAAUUCAUGUACAAGAAUCAACAAAUUCAGUUCAGAUUUGGACCGUUUUCUUGUGUUUUGUUGGUGUGUUUAUUUAUGAAGAAUGACAGUUUUUGUUUUGUACAUUAUUAACUUUUAUUAUACUUGUUUUAUAUUUAAAUUAAUAAUAUAUACAUGUACUUGCGUAUGAAAAAAAACAACAACAAAAAAGUGUAAAAUGUAUUUAAAAAAAACAAACCAAAAAUAGGUAUGUAUGAACAUAAGGAGUUAAGCAUUAAUUUACAUUUCUAUGAGUUUGAAAAUGAUAGUGGCUGACCAAUACACGUUAUAUUUCCGUUGUAAAUUUAAACUAACAUAAGGUUUGAAGAUAAAUUCCCAGUAACAAAUUUGAAUCCUUUUGGCAACAUCUGAUUAAAAGGGUGAUAAAGUUUAUAUAGAUUAAACACAAUUUGGUCUUACCGUGGGAAACAUUCCCAAUUUUUGCAUUGCUUUCAUUUUUGUAAGAAUUUAGGUUUGCUGUCAUGCAUUUAGUUGUACGAGUUGGAAAACUACAGACAAUAUUUAAUCGCAUGAUCAAACUUGCCAUAUGAGAUUCAUAUUAAUGAUUAUUUUAAAAUAAAAAUUCUGACAGCAUCA